UAUGACCGUUACAUGGCCAUCUGCAAACCCUUGUUAUAUGGCAUCAAAAUGUCCCGAUGUGUCUGCCUCUCUCUCGUUGCUGCAUCUUAUAUUUAUGGCUUUGCAAAUGGUCUUGCACAGACCAUCCUGAUGCUCCGCCUUUCCUUCUGUGGACCCAAUGAAAUCAACCACUUUUACUGUGCGGACCCACCUCUCCUAGUCCUGGCCUGCUCAGACACUUAUGUGAAUGAAACUGCCAUGUUUGUGGUGGCUGGUUCCAACCUCAUGUUUUCUCUCACCAUCAUCCUCAUCUCCUACAUUUUCAUAUUUACAGCCAUUCUGCAAAUGCAUUCUCCAGAAGGGAGGCACAAGGCCUUCUCCACCUGUGGGUCUCAUCUGACAGUUGUUACUAUGUUUUAUGGGACACUGUUCUGGAUGUAUCUGAGGCCGCCUUCAGUGGCAUCUGUAGAACAGACCAAAAUUGCAGCUGUGUUUUAUAUCUUUCUGAGUCCUAUGCUAAACCCUUUGAUCUACAGCCUUCGGAACAAAGAUGUUAAGAGAGCAUUAAGGAGAGUGAUCCAAGAGAAAUUGUUUGUCAAUUAA